CCCCCGCCCUACCUGCUCCACUUUCACAUACAUCGUGUUUGACAGGUUUGACAGGAACUUCACUUUGCUUUGGAAUACUUUUCCUGGUUUAGUCAGUGCUCCAUUGAACUCCAUUCACUGGGACUCAAAAUCAAUCUCAGGACCGACCGCGUGUUUUCUUCUUCUUCUUCUUCUCUGGAGUAUUGAUCAAAUGCACACUUCCUGCUGAUAGCAAACGAUGCUGAUCGGGGCCAGCGUGACGUAGAUAAUAUCCUCGUUCCCAAUACUUCAGUCUGCGAAGUUACAUGAGUGUGUUUGGAGAAACUCGGCUCCGCAAGGAUGAAGGAGAUGAACGUGUUCCGACACCUGAUCAACUUUGGCGUCAACCCUGCAGCUCUGGCCUACGCCAUGACAACGCUGGGAUCUACCAUGAUCAACAAUAUAUUCAGCUUCUACUAUGUCAAACUCUUCCUCAAUAAGUACAAGAUCUCAGAGGGGGCAUUCCACCAAUCACAAGUGGUGUACAUGAUUUGGAACGCGGUCAAUGACCCUCUCUUCGGCUACCUGCAAGAUAACUCCCGGGUGCCUUGUUUCACCCAGCGACGCCUCUCCAUCCUGUAUGGCGCUGCCUUCUACUCACUGUCUUUCCUUCUGGCCUGGUUCCCAUGGCGCUCCUACGCCCCCGGUGACUGGCUGAGCGGCUUGCAUUUGAUAGUGACUCUGUGUGCUUUUGACGGCAUGCUGACUUUUGUGCUGCUGGCACAAUGUGCAUUGUUUGCGGAGAUUUCCAGCCAGCAUCAGAGCCGACUGAGACUCAUAAAGUACAGCCAGGUGGCCUCUCUCAUUGGCUCCUCCAGCAUCCUUUUCUGUGGUUUGCUGUCCAAAAACAUGGAAGACUUUCCGGCCUUCCAAGCCUUCACAGUGCUCACUGCUGUCCUAAGCUGCGGCUGCAUGCUCUAUACAGGCCUCUACAGUGAGAGCCGCUUCGAUAACAAAGGAUCGGAAUCCGAUGCCCCUGAGGCUGUUGACAAGACGUCCCCUCAGUCAGUGUUUUCUGUCUCCUCGUUAAGAAUAUUGAUGUGGCAAAUCCUGACCAAUCGAGACUUUCAGCUAUUUGUGCUCAUGAACUUCUUCCAGGUUUUCCUGUUGACUUUCUUUAACAAUUUUACCAUGAUAUUUGCGGAGCACUUAAUCCCCCCAGAUGCACUUCCAUCUCUGGCCAAGAGCAUCAUGUAUGGAGCAGGAUUCAUCUGUCCACAGCUGUUGGUAUUGAGCUGUCAGAGUCUGCUGCAUGGCCUUGGCUACUACAAGAUCAUCCUCUUCACUUUCUACAUAGAGGCUGGAUUGGCGGCUAUCAUGCUAGCACUUGGCCCUCAGCACUACUAUUUUAUGGCCUUUUAUCUCACUUUUAACAUGGUUAUAAUUCAAGCAGCCUUCAGUCUUUUCGGCUUGCCUUUGGCUGACAUCAUCGACACAGACUUGCAGAGGUACCAGCGCAGUUCCCCUCUCUCCUCGAUGGUGUUUGGGACGAAUGCUCUGUUCACCAAGCCGGGCCAGUCCCUGGCCCCUAUGUUAGUGCUCAGCAUCCUCAACCAGUAUGGAUAUGAACAGCUGAAGGAAGUAGUGGGGAAGUCAAAUCCAAGCGCCCUUGACAGCCUCCACAGCGUGAUGUUCUACUUGGUGUGUCUGGUGCCAAUGUGUGUCGCUGUGGCGCAGGUCCUGGCCUGGAGGCCGUUUUCCAUCCGCAACAGUCACACAGUGGACACAAAGUACAUUGACAGCUAAUGUCAAUGUUUCAAUGGUAGUUGAUUUACAUUUCUUUAGCUCGGAUUUGGGAAAAAUUCUUUAUUGCUGAGUGAGAGAUUACGUUGAAUGUAAUGUGUAUUAAAGUGUUUUCAGACAUGAACUAUGUAAAAUUUCCUGAAGAUUGGGUCCAGACAGUUUGCCUUUCACCUAUGACGAAUGAGCAGGAAAUUGUCAGAGUCAGACCUGGACACACACUAACAGGGACAUUUCUUGAGCGUUCUUUGGGGUCAGCCAGGGCAGAACAUGCAAGAGGCAGGACAUGAUGAUAAAACUGACAUUUUGUCUGUUUAGAAAUUUUAUUAGGGAGCCGUUUUCAGACAUGUUGCCGGAAAUUUACGGGAAAAUUGGGUAGAGUUUGCUGUUCGCUUAUGAAGAACGCAGCAGCAGAGUGUCCGAGUCAGAUGCAUUCACAACAGCAGGAACAUUUUCUGGAACAUUCAGGCGAGAGGUGGUGCCGGGGUAGAGCGCCCACACGCUUGCCAUGGUCUUCUGAAUAUUUUCCAGUUGAAUUCUCACAUGAGCUCACUUAUGGGCUGGCAGGAAAAGUUCUUCAUAAUAUCCAGAGCAACAUUUGCGAAUGAUUGCAUUCUUUUGUACAUUUGACAUUUGCACAUACAGCCCCAUACAGCUGCUUUCAGUGAAAGUCUGAAAGCAGCUUUACUGAAUAUUUGAGAGACUCAUAAACUGCACUGUAUGGAUGCAGUUUAUGAAUAUGUACUGUAUUCUGCAAAUGUGUGUUCACUGACACCAAGUAUAUACAUAUCAGCCAUGCUAUAUAAAGAGGAGAGGCCUCCAUCACUACCAAAGACGGUUUCCCUCCAUUGAAGCUCUAAAAGCUAACGGUCCAGAGUGCUGUAAAUCAUUUUGAUGAUCAGACAUGUAUUUAAAUCUGUGUUGCAGAUGUUCAGUUUACUGUAGAAUUCAAACAUCAACACUAAGGAUGUUUGGAUGAAUGGUUAAAAAAAACAACUCAGUUGUCUUUGCAAGAAAUUCACAUCACAGCUUUUUAUUUGAAAAUUGCACAUAUAAAAAUUCACCUUGACCUUUUAAGUAAUUUCACUAAAUUCUAAUGUCAUUAGAGGGAUCUGGAUUCUUUCCGUUGGUAUUUGCAAAGGGAAAAAAAGAGAUGAACAUCGCUGAGCAGAAUGUGUCACCAUGAUAACUGAAAAACAUAUUGCCUUACUGUAAAUCACUUGUAUGACAGGUGAUUUGUUUAGAACAACUUCAACGCCUUUCCUAAUUUAAAUUUGUGUAUUCUAAGCUGUAUUGAAUAUACAGUUGUCUGUAAUUUGCCUUUUUUUGUUAUUGCAUGAUUAAUAAUGAUCAACUUUCUAUGGUAAAAUUGUAUCUUUUGGUUUAGUUUCCAAGAUUUUUGAUUAAAUGUACUGUAAACUACACAACUACAAGCUGAAUAUGACUUACAUUUUUACAUAUUGCAUGUUUGUUAUUUACUUAUGUGUCAAGGAUAUGUGUCAUACAGUGAAGUUUGUACGAACAGCUUUAUUUCUAUUCUUGCACACUUGCUCUUCUGAUCUGAUCAACCAUUUAUCCUGACAAUAAAAAAUAAUUUGUACUA